AUGUCUUCCUCUACCACCACCAACAAUACGCCCGGUUUCAACGUGAAAGCUUCCGAUUGGGACAAGACUUCUGGAUCCUAUACUCAGCUCGCCUCUAAAGGCAGUCCUAUGUCGAUACCUAUCACAAGAUUGGUCGAAAUGCUACAUACCUCCUCACCUUUUGACUCCGCAACGACCAUCCUUGACAUAGGCUGUGGACCGGGUAGCGCAACGGCUCAAUUGAUCUCAACCCAUCACACGGCUAUUCCAGCGAGCACUCAGCUCUUGGCCACUGACUUCAGCAGUGGAAUGGUCAACGUCACGUCCCAAGUACGUGCCUCCAAGCUCGAAGCACUGCAAGAAGGCACAGAAAAAAGCACUUGGGCCAGAGUUGUUCCUUUGGUGCUAGAUGCCACAGACCUGCGCCCUCUGCUCACCGAAUCGAUCUCACACAUCAUCGCCAAUUUUGUAUUGUUCAUGACUGAGGACCCAGCGAAGGCGUUGGAAGAGGCUCAUCGUGUGUUGAAGAGCGACGGGGUUGCAGCUUGCUCUUCCUGGAGCAGGAUGGAUUGGAUAGAGAACCUUGCCCUUGCUGCCUCGCGCACAUUCCCAACCCUCGGCAAAGCCCUCCCACAGUUGCCAAUGAUGCCUGCUCAGUGGACCAGUGUCGAGGGUGUCAGGGACCUGUUCACCGACGCUGGGUUCAGAGAUAUACACACCGAGUAUGUCGAGGCGCCUAUGGUGCUGCCUAGUGUAGAGGGAUUUGCACACCAGUUCCUUACUAGCGGCAACCCUGCCGUUACUUGGGUUACAGAUGUUUUGGACGAGACGGAGGUCGAUCAACUCGAAAAACAGUUGGUGCAGGUUAUCAAGGAGAAGUGCGAGGCAAACGACAAGGGCGGUCACAUCCUUAACGGUACUGCUGUUCUUGCUAGCGGUCGCAAGUAG